CGCUAAAGUCAAUCAUAAAUAUUUCGAAAUUGCUUAUCUUCAGAUUUGCAAGGAUUUAUCAAUAAAUGGAAGAAGUAAGAGAAGAAAAUUCAAGUAAAAAAUGGAAAACUUAGGAAAUUUCUUAAUACUCGGACUUAUAAUUCAGACGAUGGAGUGGCAUGCAUACAAAACAACUGCAUCAUCAUUAUUUUUAUACAAUGAAACACAAAAGUUGUUGAUUAAGAAUCAAAAAACUUCGAAUUACGAAUUUCCAUUUAAUUCAAGCUCUGAAAAUUUUGAUCAAAAUUUAUUAAUUAAAGAAGUUUCAACAUUGAAGUCAUCAGGCGUUAGCGAAUAUCAAAAUAAUAAUUUACUAUCACGUGUAGUUAGGUCUACUUUAGGUAAAGAGACUUAUUAUAGUUGCGUUUCUAAAAUUCACAGUGGAAAUAUUGAAAGUGCAGUUUCUUGUUUUCACGAAUUAAAUAAUGACAAUCUUCUCACUGAUAUUAUUGAAAAGUCUUAUGAUUAUCAAGAUAAAUAUAGUUCCAAUUUAUACAUGUAUGAGCAGCCCUUUGACUACGUUAAGUUGCAAUCUCUUGCCAAUGACGACCAUUUUAUGAGAUUAAAAAUGGAUGAAAAUUUUUAUAACAUUGUGGAAUUCAUAAGAAAGCUUUCUAAUUUAGAACAAGCUGCUGUUGCAUAUUCAAAACUCUACGAAUGUAUGAAAUCAAAUGGCAACUCAAACAGUUUAAAGCUACUCAUUUUAGCUAAAAUGGUUCAUGAAACCAUUAAUAUGCCAAAUUUUAUUAAUAUUUCGCAAAAUAAUAAAAUUAGGCUUUUCAAUUUGACAAAUGUUUCAAAUACUGUUAUUACAAAAUGGGCUGAGGAUAUACGUACUAAAUAUGUUGAGAAAUUUUACAAUGAAAACGAUUUAUUUGCUUUUGAACAUAGAGAAACUUUCCUUUUUCACCUUCCUGAUAUCAUUAAAUCCGCAUAUUCAAAUGAUUUGAAUAUAAUUUAUAAAAUUAUAACUUUUAUAAAAAGUUUACCUACAGUCAAUGACUAUAAAAUAGGCUACACAGCAUUGUAUGAAAAUAUGAAAAUUAAUAAUCAUCUUAACGGCGUUGCACUACUUAUGCUGUCCUAUAGAAUAGAGAGAACAAUGGAUUAUAUUGAUAGACAACAUAAUUAUCUAAACUAUGGAAAAUUGGAAGAUAUAAAAGAAAGUUUACCUUUUCAUGUAAAGAGAUUCGUUUGGAGUGAUAGAUAUAGGUGCACUAUUUAUAAUAAUUAUUACCGUGAACCUUUAUAUACUGCGAGUUUAUGGCAUCGUUUUUCAGUAUAUACUUGGGUUCCAAGUAAUGUUGAUCCUGACGCUUAUUGGACGUUCGAAAAUGCUGAACUUUUUAAUUAUUUUAAAAUAACAAACUUGGAUAAGAAAAGAAACUUAGUUGUUUCUAAAGACAGAUUUGAUUUAAGAGAUGUAUUGAAAAUAAGAAAAGUGCAUACACUCAAUGAAAAUGAAUUCGAAGAAAGAGAUGACGAUUUUAAAACUGUUCAAGAAUGGCAACUAAUUCCAGAAGAUGAUUAUUUUUUAUUGAGUCCUUCAACAGGUGGUUAUCUAUAUGCUGAUGAAGAUUUAGAAGAUUCUAGUCGUCGGAAAGUACACAUUUGGAUGUCAGAAAAUAUUCCUGAUUCAAUAAAAUUGAAAAGGAGGUGGAACGUAUCGUGUUAA